AUGGCAGAAUCAGAAGAAAUUCAGCGUCAUUUGAGAGAAAAAACAGGGAGUUUUAUAUUAAAAGCACCCACAAAUUUAAAAUCAGAAAUCUGGCAGAAAUUUCACAUGGUUUUUCAAAAAAAGGAAAAUGAUGAUAGCGAAAUUCCUGUGAAUUACUAUUGUGCUUGUAUUAAAUGCAAUAAGAUGGGUCGUGGGUUGGGUCGGGUUGGGUUGAAAAGUUGCAUUUUCAGGCGGGUUGGGUUGGGAUGGGUUGAGUUGAGUGAUGGGUUGGGUUGGGUCAGUAAAAAUGGACCCAUGUCCACCUCUGAUCAAAAGUAA